AUGGCGAUAGAUGCUUCAUUUCAUAAAAAUGUAUUUCUACUUAUGCAACUUGUACCACCAUCGUAUGAAUGUAUAAAACACUUUAAGAAGGGAAUGUUUGAUAAACCUAAUACUUCUGGUUUUAUUCAUAUUUCUCAUUAUUUAUUAUCUGUGUAUAAUGCAAAGCAUUUUCAAAAAAUGGUUGUAUGGCCACUUAUGAAUAAAAUGGAUGAAAGAAAAUAUCGUAUGGAAGUAAAAGCAUAUUUAGAAAUUGUAGCAAAUGAAAAUCCAGAUAUCAAUUUUCCAUCAAUACUCAUGUCUCAUUUGCUACUAGCAGGGGGAACAAAGUUUUUAAUUAUUAUGUGGAAAAUAUCAGAAGUUAGCCUCAGGGCUUAUAUUACAAACAAGUGUCAAAUGAAAGUAUUGCAAGCACCUAGUAUUGGUAAUAACAAAAAUAUUGCUCAAUUAUAUUUUACUACUAUAAAUCUGAAAAAGAAUAUUGCUAUUUCUAAGUAUAAUGAAAAGGAAAAGUUAAUUGCAGAAAAUUUUAAGCAUUACAUGAAAUGCAAAUCUAAUGAUUUAACAAAAAUGCAGAAUAACAUUUUUGAAACAAAAGAAAACCUAAUGAAGCUUGUACCAUCUCUUCCAAUUAAUCCAAUAAUUGCAACAUCACUAAUAAAUACUGAGGAUACAGAUAUUAUAAAUCUAUGGAAAAGAAAUAUUAAUGAAAAAUUAAAGUAUUUGCAUACAAUAAAUUGUAAUUUAAACAAAUUGAAAACUUCUAGUAAAACAUUAGGUGUUUUGAGCCUAUCCACGAAUUGCGAAUCAUUUGAUGGUAAUGAUCUUCCAAAAGUAAAAAAUGAAAUAAUCCCAUUGUGUUUUGCUAAUAACAAACAGCAACUUAAUUAUGGAUUAUACAUGAAUGGGAGUUUAGUAUUUCAUAUCUUCCUGUCAAUACUUAAUCAUGUAUUGAAACGACUAUACUUUUAUUUGAAGAUGAAUUAUUUAUCAGACUUAUCUGAUUGUGAACCAAAAAUAAUUGAGCAUUGUCAAACAAUAAAAUUGCACGAAAUAAAAUUUCAAAAAUUAAUAAUACAAAUUUCCGAUAUAUUAUGCAAUGCUCAAUCCAGUUUACAAGAAAGAAGUUUAAAUUGUACAUUGGAAACAGAUAUUCUUUUCCCCAUGAAUUUUGAAAUACUUUUAACUUCACCGAAAUUUAACAUUUUUAUCAAUGAUGAUGUAGAUGAUGAUAAGUUAUUUAAAACGCUAUGCUUUUCUCCGUUACAAGGAACGUAUAAACACUUGUUCAAAAGGUAUAAACGCUUGUUCAAUUCAUCUAAAGGAUCAGGAAUAAAAUUGCAAUUUGAUGACAGCAUAGAAAAUAUUGCAAUUAAUUGGAAAUCCCCUCAGAGACUAUCAUUAAGUAAUAAACUACAAUCUCCCAACAAAUUAAAAAUCUCUCCAAGAUAUUCUCGAUUAUUUUCUCCUACUGAUUCGAGAAAAAAUUAUUUCAAAGAUAAUAAUGCAGCAUCUACUCCAAAACAAUCCCGGAUACAUACAACACCAAAGAAAUUCAACAUUCAAACUACAAGCCCAGAAAUAAAUAUAAACUCGACAAUGAAAAGUAUCUUUGAUCUUUCUUGUAAAAUUAGAAGAGUUGUAGCUUCUUUGUCUAAAUCUUAACAAAACAGAGAGAAAAUGUAUGUGCAUUAUGAAAAAGCUGUAUACGUAUUUUUAUUAAAUAUAACAUAUUUUAAUUUUUAAAUAUAA